AUGAAGAUUUUUGCGUCCUCCUACACCUUCGACUACUCUUGGGAAGAGGUCAGCACCAAUAACUGGCGGAAGUACUGCCCGUGGAACGAUAAAGCCUCGCAUGUAUUGGCCGUGGAUACCCUCUCUCGCCACGUUGAUCCUGCCACUGGUAUCCUGCGGACAGAGCGCCUCAUCACCUGCAAACAGAGCGCCCCGCAAUGGGUCCUGACAAUACUGGGAGGUGACACAACGAGCCAUGUCUACGAGGUUUCGUACGUGGAUCCUGCUUCCAAGAAGGUCACCAUGUGCAGCACAAACAUGACCUGGUCGAAUCUGUUAGAAUGCCGAGAAACCGUCAUUUACCAGCCUGCAGCCAAUGAUGCCAAGGCCAAGACAGAAUUCAAACAAGAAGCGAAGAUAGUGGCAAUGUGUGGUGGGUGGCAAAAGAUUCGCACCAAGAUCGAGGAGGCCAGCGUGGAAAGAUUCCGAGAGAAUGCAGCCAGAGGACGUGAAGGCUUUGAGAUGGUCCUCGAAAUGUCCCGCAGGCUGUUCGCCGAAGAGCGGGAGAAGAUGCAGCUGGGCAAGACCCUUGCGGUAUAA